GCGAUGCCGGCAGCCUUUCUAUAUGUUUUGCUUCUUGUGUUUCCAGUAGUAAAACCAGAAGUCCCAAGCAAACUUGUUUCAAAGUGUACAGGUAGUAAACACGUUCAUGAACAGAUAAUUAUGAAUAUAGAUGGCGAAGAAGUGAAUAUGUCAAAAUAUAAAGGAAGUGUGGUCCUCGUUGUCAAUGUCGCAACAUUUUGUGGCUACGCAACGCAAUAUCAUGAAAUGAAUGAAUUGUCAGAAAAGAAAUUUAAACAGAAAUUAGAAAUCGUCGGAUUUCCUUGUAAUCAAUUUAUGUAUAUGGAACCUGGUUUAAAUAAAACAGAAAUUAUGAACGGUCUCAAACAUGUUCGUCCUGGAAAUGGUUUUGUUCCUAAAAUUGAUAUGAUGAAAAAAACCGACGUCAAUGGUAUAAAUGAGCAUCCUCUUUUCACUCUUCUAAAGUAUUCAUGUCCUUCGCCACGUGAUGCAGAAUACGAUAAGAUGAAAGGUACCUGGAAUCCUAUCACUCCGCGAGACAUCACAUGGAAUUUUGAAAAAUUCGUUAUCGAUCACAAUGGAAUUCCGAUUUUCCGAUAUUUACCGAUAACAACACCACAUGCCAUCAUUGAGGAUCUACAAAGGAAGUCAAUCCUAUAACUAACUCCUGUAUAAUUCAAAGUUAAAGAAUAUAAUAACCAAAUGGUAGAAAUAUGACUAUUCAAAUUUAUGAAAUAAUCAAAGCAAGAAUUUCGAAGAAGUGACAGACAGUUAAAUGAUGUAAAUACUCCAAAAAUGUUAGUAAAGCAGUAUGUGAGCGUUAAUGACAGAUUCACCCAGAAAACCGUUCCAAAGUGUUGAAUGUUCUUGAUUAAGUUCAGUAUGUGGUGUGGAUAUAAAGUUUUAUGCCUUUAACUGAUCCAUUUCAUACUGGAUCACCGCUCUUUUGUCAUCCUGCUUUUGUAACAUUUAAUUUCGUAAUU